AUGGACCACGAAUUUGCUGCUGCUGCUGCUGCUGAUGAUGAUGAUGAUGAAUGUACUGAUGAGUCCACUUACGCCAUGGAAGAACAGAUCGUAAUGAGCACAUGGGCUCAUGAACGACCCCAUGUAGGAAAAUCAGUAACAGAUAUUCAGCUUGAUGUCACUCUAUUCAUCAAUAAUGAAUUUGUUGACUCAGCAUCUGGAAAGAAGUUCCCCGUCAUAAACCCUUCUACAGGUGAAAAGAUUGCUGAUGUUGCAGAAGGUGACAAGAUUGAUAUAGACAGAGCAGUUGCUGCAGCAAAAGCUGCUUUUAACAGAAAAUCUGAAUGGAGACAAAUGGAUGCCUCAGCACGAGCAAAGCUCAUGAAUAAGUUAGCUGACCUAAUAGAAAGAGAUGCACAGCAGCUUGGGAAUUUACUAACAGCAGAGGGAGGUAAGCUUUAUUAUGGCGCCUGCUAUGAGGCUGUUCAUACUGCAAACACGCUGCGCUACUUCUCUGGAUGGUGUGACAAAAUCACUGGGAAAACAAUUCCUGCUGAUGGUCCAUUCUUUACAUAUACACGAAAGGAACCAAUUGGUGUAGUGGGGCAAAUUGUCCCAUGGAACUUUCCACUGACACUGACAGCACUGAAAUGGGGCCCUGCACUUGCCACUGGAUGUACAAUUGUAUUAAAGCCUGCAGAGCAGACUCCUCUCUGCAUAUUGUAUUUGGCUGCUCUUACAAAAGAGGCUGGAUUUCCUAAUGGUGUUAUUAAUGUCGUACCUGGUUAUGGACCCACUGCUGGAGCAGCUGUUUCUUCUCACCCAGACAUAGCUAAAGUUGCUUUCACAGGUUCUACACAGGUUGGGAAAAUAAUUAUGGAAACUGCCGCAAAAUCUAAUUUGAAAAAAGUCUCGCUUGAGCUUGGAGGGAAGAGCCCACUUAUUGUUCUUGAUGACGCUGAUGUUGAUGAAGCUGUGCAGAUAGCUCAUGAUGGAAUAUUCAUGCAUCAAGGGCAGAUUUGCUGUGCUGGUUCAAGAACUUACGUUCAUGAAAAGUUGUAUGAUGAAUUUGUACAAAAAUCAAAAAUUAAAGCAGAGGCUAGAAAAAUUGGUGAUCCAUUUGAUAAUAGUGUGCAGCAUGGACCACAGAUUGACGAGGACAGUUUCAAAAAAGUUAUGGAUUAUAUAAAAUCUGGGAAGGAGCAAGGAGCUCAAGUUGAGUGUGGUGGUGAUCGUUUUGGUGACAAGGGCUACUUUGUAAAACCUACUGUUUUUUCAAAUGUUACUGAUGAUAUGAAAAUUGCGCGUGAAGAGAUAUUUGGGCCUGUACAAAGUAUAAUAAAGUUCAAAACUAUAGAGGAGGUCAUCGAGAGAGCCAAUGAUACACUUUAUGGUCUUGCUGCUGGAGUUAUCACAAAGGAUAUUAACAAGGCUCUUACAAUUGCCAAUGCACUUGAAGCAGGUUCUGUGUGGGUGAACUGCUUCUUUGCACUUGGACCUCAGUCCCCAUUUGGUGGAUACAAGCUCUCAGGACUAGGAAGGGAAUGUGGAGAAGAGUCAUUGGAUGAAUACCUGGAAGUUAAAACAGUUGCAGUAAAGUUGCCUGUGAAAUUAUGAAGUGUUAAAAGCUGCUGUCUUCUGUUUUAUUCUUUGUUAUUCUAAAAUACAAUGUUACAUCCAUGUA